GUCUAUUGUGAACUACUCGUUGUUGCACUGAACACGAAGAAGAAUAAGUCAAAACGUCAUCAGGAACUGCAAUAUGUGAAGUAGAAAAAAAAAAUCAGGUGAAAGCUAACAAAAAGUUGCACAAAGAAUAUUUUUCUAUAUAAAUAUUAAUAGCGAAAAUCUGACUUAGAUUGAUAACUUCAUAUCAGACGUCAAAAUCUGCAUAAAUAAUUUUUCUUGAUACAUACACUUGAGCAUAAAUACUGCUCUAUGCUAUCAUCCAGUACCCCCAUAAAACUUCUUGCUAGUAAAACUCUCAACAUGCAACAGCAAUCGGCAGUUAGCAAUGCAUUCUCAUAUGGAGAUCGUCCGCAGAUGGGACUUGACGUUGAGUUCGGCGCAGAUCCAGCGAGUGGUGCCUUCUUUCAAACAGAUGGUCGGAAGCAUGACGAUCUGAAACAGAUGUUGGACAGUAAUAAAGAUGGCUUGAAACUAGAAGCUAUGAAACGUAUUAUAGGCAUGGUUGCACGCGGACGUGAUGCAAGUGAACUCUUUCCAGCUGUUGUAAAGAAUGUAGUGUCCAAAAAUAUCGAAGUUAAAAAACUUGUUUACGUAUAUUUGGUGCGUUACGCUGAGGAACAGCAAGAUUUGGCAUUGCUAUCGAUUUCAACAUUUCAGCGUGCACUUAAAGAUCCAAAUCAACUUAUACGUGCGUCUGCACUGCGUGUUUUAUCCUCCAUACGAGUGAAUAUGAUUGUGCCUAUUGUAAUGCUGGCCAUACGUGAUAGCGCAUCUGACAUGAGUCCAUAUGUGCGUAAAACAGCUGCACAUGCCAUACCAAAACUAUAUUCAUUAGAUCCUGAACAGAAAGAUGAGCUGGUAACCGUUAUAGAAAAACUGCUUUCUGAUCGUACGACACUGGUUGUUGGUUCUGCUGUUAUGGCUUUUGAUGAGGUGUGCCCGGAACGAGUUGAUUUGAUACAUAAAAAUUAUCGCAAAUUAUGUAACUUACUGGUGGAUGUUGAUGAGUGGGGCCAAGUCAUCAUUAUAAAUAUGCUAACACGUUAUGCACGCACACAAUUCGUCAAUCCAAAUGCAGACGAACCAUCCGAUGAUGAGAAUUAUAAAUCAAACUCUAAUGAUGCCGAAAACUUUUAUGAUGAAAUCUCUUCGGAUGAAUCGGAUUCCGAUAAAAAAAAUAAGAACAAUUUAAAAGCUAAAAGUCGUAGUUCAUCUUCCAACGUUUCAUAUCAUGUAGACUUAGAUCAUCGCUUGCUGUUGCGUCAAACAAAACCACUGCUACAAUCACGUAACGCUUCAGUUGUUAUGGCAGUGGCGCAGUUGUAUCAUCACGUAGCGCCUCGUAAUGAAGUACAGCUCAUUGCGAAGGCGCUAAUACGUUUGUUACGUUCGCAUAAAGAAGUGCAAAGUGUGGUACUAACCUGCAUCGCUUCCAUGUCAACCAAGCGUAAAUCCAUUUUUGAACCACAUAUAAAAUCCUUCUUUGUACGCACUAGUGAUCCGACACAUAUAAAACUUUUGAAAUUGGAAAUUCUUACGAAUUUGGCUUCAGCCACUAGCAUUUCUUUAAUUUUACGUGAGUUUCAAACUUACAUUUCCAGCAGUGAUCGUUCUUUUGUUGCAGCAACAAUACAAGCGAUUGGUCGAUGUGCCGGCUCCAUAAAGGAAAUAACAGAAACAUGCUUAACCGGACUUGUGCAAUUGCUCUCAAAUCGUGAUGAACACGUCGUUGCUGAAAGUGUUGUGGUUAUAAAAAAGUUGCUUCAAACGAAAGCAGCACAACAUUUUGAAAUAAUUAUUCAAAUGGCUAAAUUGCUUGAUUUUAUCACUGUACCUGCAGCUAGAGCUUCUAUAAUCUGGUUAAUUGGCGAAUACAAUGAAAGGGUGCCCAAAAUUGCACCUGAUGUACUGCGCAAAAUGGCCAAGACAUUCGUAGAUGAAGAAAAUGUGGUGAAACUGCAAGUGCUUAAUCUGGGUGUAAAACUUUACCUAACAAAUCCUCAGCAAACUUCAUUGUUAUGCCAGUACGUCUUCACUUUAGCACGCUACGAUUCUAACUAUGAUGUUAGAGAUCGUGCACGCUUCUUACGUCAAUUUAUAUUUCCAACCACUGGUAAUAGUACCAUACUUUCGCAAAAUGCGCGAAAAGUAUUUUUAACAGCGAAGCCUGCUCCUGCUUUAGAGAGCAAAUAUCGUGACCGUCAUCACUUCCAGUUGGGUUCAUUGUCACAUUACUUAAACAUGCGUGCUACUGGAUACAAGGAUUUACCUGCUUUUCCAACAACUGCACCAGAUACGUCUGUGCGUAAUAUUGAUGGUUUUAUGCAAGACGCAGUUAACAACACGGAAAACACAAAAACUACUCAAGGAAACUCUAAUUCCACUAAAAAUGUUUCGACGAAAACUGAUAAAAACUUCUUUUCUGAAUCGGAAAAAUCAUCUGAGUACUCUAGUGAUGAUUCUUCCUCAAGCUCAGAAUCCAGUAGUGAUUCAGACUCAUCUUCUGAAUCAGAACAUGCGAACGAAACUAAAUCAAAGGAAAAUAAAACAGAAGAGCUUAACAAUAAACAAACGCAGUUAUCAACAGUUACUUUGGUAAAUAUUGUUAAUAACGUAGAUGAAGGUGGCACCUCUGACAGUCAGUCGUCAUCUUACUCGUCGUCAAAUUCCGAUAGUGAGGUAUCUGCAAAUAAUAAUGUAAGCGAAGGCGAAACGGAUUCGGAAAGUGAAAAUGAAAAGAAACGUAAAUUUGAACGUGCACAGGAAAAAGCAAAGGAAACUACAGCUGGUUCUAAAGAAGAGAGAAACGACACAACAAAUAAAUCUAAUACUAAAAAUAAUUUGGAUCUAUUAUUGGAUUUAGAUGAUGUGCCACCAAUUGGUCCAGUAAUGACACCAUCUCUUGGCGGUUUUCUAACACCAAGUGCUCCAAUGUUAGGUUCAACGUUGGAGUCGUUGUCACAAUAUGCUGUUAAUCAUAUUGAGCUUGUUGGACCAUCUUUUAUUGAUUUCAACCACAAAGAACUACUUAAGAAAUUAUCUGGCAAUGGUUUACAGGUAAGCUACCGUUUCACGCGUUCACCACAUUUAUAUGCUUCAACAAUGGUUUCAAUUGAAUUGCAAUUCGUUAAUCAAAGUUCGGAUAAUAUAAAUGAUAUAGAGUUAGCGGAUAAAGUAUUGUGUGGGGGUAUGGAUGUAAAUAACUUUGCACCGAUACAAUGCUUAUCUCCGCAACAAACAGCAGUCAGCAUACUUGGUGUCGAUUUUAAUGACUCGACGCGUGCAAUAGAAUUGGUGAUAAAAUCAAGUGUUGGACAGUCACGUGUUACCAUUCAACCACCAAUUGGUGAACUGGUUCGUUCGGUACAAAUAACCGAAACAUAUUUCAAAGAAGAACGUACUAAAUUACGUGGCAUGAAUGAGAAUCAGAGCAAAUUAUCCUUAAGCAAAGAUAAAAUAGAUAUUUCUUCCUUAAAACAAAACAUUUACACGACAAUUAAUGUGGCCCAUAUACCAGCCAAGGAUGCUAAUGCGGAUUUGAUGUAUUUUGCGGGACAAACUUUGUCAUCAAAGAGUUUAGUUUUGAUUACAUUGGAUUGGAGUUCUUCAGAAGGUCAGGAGCUGAUAUUAGUGGUGAACUGUGAAAAGAUGGUUAUCAGUUCAAUGGUGUUAAAUGAACUACGCAACGGCUUAACUGCUGCGUUUAAUUGUUAAUGUUAAAUUAAAAAACACAGAACUUCAAAAUAAUUAUUUUGUUUAAAUAGAAUGUGUUUUUUACGCGAGCUUAAACUGUUACUAAAUUGAACAAAUUUACUAAAUUUAUUCACAAAUUACUUGGUUAAACAAGAAAGAAG